AUGGAGAAGACGACGACGGAGAAGAGUGAAACGAGGGCGGUGGAGAUUGUUGAAUCCAUGGAAAAGACGACGGAAGAAUCGACGACAAAGACGACGCAUGUCUUAACGGAGAAGAUGAGGGAUGUUGCGACGGAGAAGACGACUAAUGUCUCGAUAGAGAAUACGGCAGAGAUAACAGAGCCGAGUAAUGUGGCUGCAGAAACUGCUCCACCGAAUGAAGAGAAAGAGGGUUCUGAAGAAGAACAAGAAGAUGAAGAUGAAGAGAAGAAUGAUUCUGAAGAAGAACAAGAAGAGCGAGAUGGAGAGAAGUAUGAUUCUGAAGAAGAACCAGAUGGAGAGAAGGAGGGUUCUGAGGAAGAACAAGAUGGAGAGAAAGAGGAUUUUAACCAGGAGAAUGAAGAUUCUGAAGGUGAACAAGCAGAAGAAGCAAAUGGAGAAAGAGUUGAGCAUGGUUCGGAAGCAAAUGGAGAAGUAUAUGGCUUGGAAGCAAACAACAAUGAGAAUCCACCUGAACCUCAGGUAACAAAUUAUCGAUGA